GACAAUAAGAAGUAGAAAAAUUGAUGAAAAUAAUGUGAACAUUAAAGUGCACAUUGUUUUCUGUAAGAAUUUACUAACUCGUCCGUAAUAUCGAAUGCGUACCAGUGACGCGAAAUAAAAGUUGAUAAUCAGCUUCCGCAGUUACAAUCAUAGGGUUUUCUCUCUGGUUUAUAUACUAUGUACGUAUAGAAUUAAAAAUUCCCUGAGGUUGUAUAUUCUAAAAAGUUCGAAAAUGUUCCAACGUUUGAUAUCUCUCGAACGUGUCUCGUCGCAAAUCUCCAAAUGGUACGGUUAGUCUUCCAAUUGUUUGUAGCUCGUCGCCGUAUCGUAAAUCGAGGGACGCAUCAAACGUUCAUUGGAAGACAUGAACAAUUUUCCGCGAAGUUGGAUAUAAAUUUUUCGGAGUUAUAAAUUUAUAUGUCAAAAAUGAAUUUCAAUUUAUUCCUGUUAAUUAAAUAAAAGAUAUACGAUGGGCGACAAAGUAAAGUGAGGGAUUGGUUGUUAUUCUGUAGAUAAACACAACAAAACGAAUGAUGCGAUCGAGGCGAUAUAUGCAGAGAACAUAGAGAUAUAUGGACGGUUAUGCCGCCAUGUGCUAUUGUUUCCCUACCUCCUGAUUCGGCAGUCCUCUUUAACGGACUAAACUAACCUGUCAUAUUUUAACGUCUCGACUGGUCUCGACCCGUGUCAGAAUCGAGAAGCGAGAUCCUGAGCGAGAUUUUCAAAUCAAACAUUGACGCAACGUUUAGGAUCGAAAAUAUUUUAUUAUGUCCGAUGACAGUGACGGUUGUAUAGAAAUUCCAAAAAAGAAGAGGACGAAAAGAGCAAUAGUUAGCGACGAUGAAGAGUCAAACAAUUCGAAUGAACCAAAUGUAUUCGAAAAAUUAAGGAACUGUACCAACGAUCCAUUAGCGUUACCGAGGAAAGAGAUCUCCAGUGAUAGCAGUGAUGAUUUGGGAGAAAUCGUUAAGCAAAAGGAAAAAGCAGAGCAAUUAUCGCUACAACAAGUUGAGGUUUUCAGAAGCUUGGUUAUUAAUCUCGCCCACGAAGUACUGCCUCAACAUCGAAUAGAGAGGUCAGCAGGAACUCGUGCGCCUUCUACACGUGAAAAAGAAGAAUUUAUAAAAAUUGAGCCAGGUUUGAAGAGAGGGCUAUUCAAUUCUAAGGAGGAUCAACAGAUUGUAGAUAAUUGGAAAUUAUUCUGUGAGAUGCACAAAUUGGAUCCAUUGAAUCCCAAACCAUUUCUUUUCCAUAGACAUCACUAUUGGUUUUAUUUACCAAAAUUUGAAGAGAGAAAAAAAUUUGUACAAUUCCUAGCACGUGGCUUGCCAAAAAGAUUUCUGUACAGCGUUUAUCAUCGGUUUCGAAAUCUGUACGAUACUCACAAAAUUGAUAAGUACAACCACAAAGAAGAUCGAGUUUUACUGAGGCAUAUAGAGUGUAACCCACAUAUGGAUGAGUCACGUAAAUUUGCCGACGUAGCUAAAGUAUUGAAUCGAACACGUGCAUCAGUCUGGCGUCGUUAUAGGUUAUUGUUAAAAAAACGAAGAAUGGCGAACGAUUCGGACUAAAUUAUGCACAUAAAUUAGACCGACUCUGAAAAAUUAAUGAUAAAUUGUGAGGUGAUUUGAGGAAUGCUGUUGUCUUAAUUCUAAGGAUAGGAAAAUGGAAUAGUAAUUUUUUUAUCAUGUUUUAUUACAAUAUACACAAAUAUUAUUAAAGCG